ACCGGAGGUGCGGAAAGUUACAAGGGCCGGCGCGGGAGGCGCUUGAGCGCCGCGUACCAACAAGGAAGAAUUUCCUAAAUCUAAUCUUAAGAGUAAAAACAAUGAAGAAAUAGGAAAUCGCCGCUCCGGCGUCCGCGAUGGAUUAUCAAACCAGGGGCGGACUCCCUUUAAAUCCAAUCCCGUCCCGCCUCUUCUUCACCUUCCGCAAUCCCUUUCGAUGGGGCAACGCGCAAGGCGAAAGAGGGCUCGCCGUCGCCCUGCUCCCCCUCGUCCUGCUCCUGCUGCUUCUCCCCCUCCUCCCCCUGGGACGCCGUACGCCGACAUUUGCCGCUGGCUGGGACAGAGUGGGGUAAUCUUGGUGCUCUUUGAGACGCCCUCUGGAUUUGCAGUCUUGCAUUAUGAUGGGGUCAAACUUUUUCGUCGAAACGCCUUGGAGGAUAUCUGGUCAGAAUUCAUCGACAUGCCCUGGGCACGAAUGUUGCACUUAUUUUGGGACGGAGGGAGCAGAAACCACGCUGCUGCCAGUAGCGGAGCUUCAAGCCAAGAGGGAUGCGGAAUUGAGGCUGAAGGAACUUCUUAGGGAAGAAGAGUUGAAGUGGGCGUUGCGGGCCAAGGUCCGGAGAGUAGUCCAGGGGGAUGCGAAUACUGAAUUUUUUCAUAUGAUUGCUAAUGGUAAGCAUCGAAAGAAGAGGAUCUUUCAGCUUGAGCAAGAUGAGGGUACAAUUAUAGGACAGGAGAACCUAAAAUUGUACAUUACUGAAUUCUAUAAGCAGUUGUUUGGUCCUCCAGACAAUAACUGUGUGUCUCUGGAUGAGUCCAGGGUUGAGGAUGUUCCUCAGCUCACAGUUGUGGAGAAUGAUGUUUUGACGGCUCCUUUUACCGAGAAAGAGGUAUUUCAUGCCGUCUCCCAAAUGGAAACUAACAAAGCGCCUGGCCCAGAUGGAUUUCCAGCGGAGUUUUAUAAGAAAUGCUGGUUUAUUAUUAAAGGAGAUUUGUUGCCUUUGUUCCAUGAUCUGUUUGCUGGGCAGCUUCAUCUUUUUCAGCUAAAUUUUGGAACGAUUACCCUUCUUCCUAAGAAAGCAGAGGCAGUGAGAAUUGAGCAAUUCAGGCCAAUCUGUCUUCUUAAUGUUAGCUUCAAAAUUUUCACCAAGGUCGGGACCAAUAGGCUCUCACAGAUCGCGCAUGCCGUUGUGCAGCCUACUCAAACAACCUUCAUGCCGGACAGGAACAUUCUUGAGGGUGUAGUGGUCCUACAUGAAACACUCCAUGAAAUCCACACGAAAAAGCUGGAUGGGGUUGUUUUCAAAGUGGAUUUCGAAAAAGCGUAUGACAAAGUCA